CUCUUUAACUUUUGUGUGUGACUUGGGCGGGGUUGAUCACUGAUCAGAGUUGUACUAUUACCAAGAGUUAUAAUAUUCCAGCUUCAGUAGCUUCAUGAAAAAGAAGGAAGAAGUAACUGUCAGGAGGAGAAGUGACUCCAUUAAUUCAGAGGUGCCGGUGGAAGGAGGCUCAACUUCAAGCUCAGAACAAAAUGCUAAUGACAGUGAAGAUGAUAGUGGCAUCAGUGAUCAAAGUAACCCAGAAAUAUCUACACUAGUAAUAAUAAAUGACCAUUCUGGUACCCAUACUAAAUAUGCAGACGAGAACCCUGGAUUAUUUAAGAAUUUUAUUCAAAUAUUUUUCCCUUUUUUAAUUGCUGGUGCUGGUAUGAUGUUAGCUGGUAUAUUGUUGGAUUAUGUUCAACAUUUGAAAGUAUUUGUUGAAGUAUCUGAAUUGUUUAUAUUGGUUCCUGCUUUGCUUGGGCUUAAGGGAAACUUGGAAAUGACAUUAGCAUCAAGAUUAUCUACAUCUGCAAAUCUGGGAAACAUGGAUACCUGCAAAGAUCGCUGGUUAUUGACAUGGGGCAACCUCUCUUUAAUCCAAGGACAAGCAUUAGUAGUAGCAUUGGUUGCAACACUGACGUCUAUAAUGCUGAGUGGUAUUGGUGGGCAGCACUUGUAUGCAACUCACAUUCUGUUGAUUGGUGGCUCAAGUAUGUCAGCAGCAUGCUUAGCAAGUGCUAUAUUAAGCUCCUUGAUGAUCGUAAUUGUUCUGUUAUCACGUCCACUACAAAUCGACCCUGAUAAUGUUGCCACGCCAAUUGCUGCUAGUCUUGGUGAUUUAGUGACAUUAUGCAUACUUUCUGGCAUAUCAUAUGGUCUGUAUAGAGUCAAAGGUAAAUUGCUAAAUGUACAUGUAUCAUACUCUAUUUUACUGUUGUUUGUAGAUGAAACUGUUGUCAUAUCAAGCAUUUUAUGUGGUGUACUUCUUAUUUUGAUACCAUUUUGGUUAUGCCUGGCUUAUUAUAAUACAACUACCCGUUCAGUAUUAUAUAGCGGAUGGAUACCUGUCUUAUCAGCUAUGCUAAUAAGCAGCAUUGGAGGAUUCAUUCUGUCAAAAACAGUGUCUGUAUUUCCUGGAAUUGCUAUAUAUUCUCCCAUCAUAAAUGGUAUUGGUGGUAAUCUAGCAGCUGUGCAAGCUAGCCGAAUAUCUACACACUUACAUAAGGGUUCCAAUGCAAAUGCAAAGUCUACAGAUUAUAAGUAUAAGUGGAAUGGCAUAUGUGGUACAUUUUGGAAAGGUUAUCACACCAAAACAAGCAUUCUUCUAUUGAUAAUGGUUGUUCCUGGAUCAUCAUUAUUCUUGGUUCUUAUUCAUUACAUUAAAGCUGGCCAUACGACUUUAUCUGCUUUGUUUUUCAUUAGUUACUUAAUAGUAGCUAUUAUGCAGGUGGCUAUCUUGCUCAUAUUCACAGAUUGGAUGGUACAUUUCAUAUUCUGGAGACUGUCACUAGAUCCAGAUAACAUAGCUAUACCAUUUAUAACUGCUUUAGGAGAUUUUCUAGGGACUGGACUAUUAGCGGGGGCAUUCCAUAUUCUUUGGUUGGUAGGAGACAGAGAUUCUGAUGUUGGAGACUAAAUUUUACUAAACAUUAUCAUACAUCAGUCAUUAUUUCUGUUACAUGAAACUCAGUUACAAUUUUUUAUUUGUGUCCUUGCCUCAAAGGACUAGGUGAAA